UGUCAUGUCAUAUGAGAUUAGAAAACAAAUGAGCCAAACGUAGCAAAUAGUGCUGAUUUCUUUUUUUUAUGUCAUAUUACAUUUCUUCUAAAGUUUACUUGAUAAUACUGGUAGACGUGGCUUAAUAUUGAUAUGGUGAUUUAAAUGCCUUGUAUUGGAGCUUUUUGGCGAAAUGUUGCACCACUAUGAAAUUUUACUUUUCGUUUUGGAUAUUCCUGUGCACAUCCCUGCUUCCCCAGUUUCUUGGUUCCCAUUUUUCCUGCAGUCUUGACCAUAAAGUGAAUUUCCAAACCACUGCACUGCUAAAAAAGGCCAUUGAUAAUUACAGCAUUUUCCUACAAACUCCAGGGAGAUAUAGCAAAAAAUAUGGAAGCUUCAGUGAGGAUUUGCGCUUGGAGAUGAAAGAAGAAGCUCGUAAAAUGUUCCAGUUUGGAUAUGAUAAUUAUUUAAAAUAUGCAUUCCCGAAAGACGAGUUAAAUCCCAUCUAUUGCACAGGAAGGGGUCCAGAUUACGAAAAUCCCUCAAAUAUAAACAUCAAUGAUGUUCUAGGAGAUUAUUCUUUGACUUUAAUUGAUUCUUUAGACACUCUUGCGGUUAUGGGAAAUGCUUCAGAGUUUAAAAGAGCUGUAGAUUUAAUCAUAGAUAAUGUUACUUUUGAUACAGACAACACUGUUCAAGUCUUUGAAGCAAAUAUCAGAAUAUUAGGUUCCUUGCUGUCUGCUCACCUUUUAAUAAAUGACACGAAGCAACCGUUUGGAGACUUGAGGCCCCCUAGAUAUAAUAACGAAUUGCUCAAUCUAGCUCAUGAGUUGGCCAGUCGCUUACUUCCAGCGUUCGAAAACACGAAGACAGGUCUUCCGUUUCCUCGGGUUAAUCUUCGCUAUGGUGUUCCAUCUGACGUCUCAACUCAUACUUGCACUGCCGGAGCAGGCUCGAUGUUACUGGAAUUUGGAAUGCUGAGCAGGCUUCUUCAUGAUCCAGUUUAUGAGGGUGUAGCUAGGCGAGCUGUGAAAGCACUGUGGGAGCUUCGAUCCGAAAAUACUGGUCUGUUAGGAAAUGUUAUUGAUGUUCAAUCUGGAGAAUGGGUUGGCCAGAUGAGUGGCAUUGGUGCAGGUUUAGAUUCUUUUUACGAAUACUUAUUGAAAUCUUAUAUAUUGUUUGGAGAAAAAGAUGAUUUUAAUAUGUUUAAUGAGACAUAUCACACGAUCAAAAGAUACAUGAGAAAAGGGAGACCUCAUUGUAACCAAGGUUAUGGUGAACAUCCUCUUUAUGUCAAUGUAAAUAUGAUAGAUGGCACUACGCUAACUUUAUGGAUUGAUUCCCUGCAAGCUGCUUUUGCUGGCAUACAAGUGUUGACUGGAGACAUUGAAGAAGCUAUCUGUGCUCACGCUUUAUAUUAUUCGAUAUGGCGACGUUUCGGUGCCUUGCCUGAAAGAUUCAAUUGGCAGAGGAUAAGUCCCGAUUUAGCCUUUUAUCCUUUGCGCCCCGAGCUUAUUGAGUCAACCUAUCUGCUGUAUCAAGCUACUAAAAAUCCUUUUUAUCUUCACGUAGGCCAGGAAAUUAUUGAGAGUAUAAACAAAUAUUCCAAAGCAGAGUGCGGAUAUGCAACAAUACAUAAUGUGCAAGACAAAACACUAGAAGACAGAAUGGAAAGUUUCUUUCUUAGUGAAACCUGUAAAUAUUUAUAUUUGCUUUUUGAUGUGGAGAAUCCUGUAAAUAAAAUGGCCAGUCAUUACGUUUUUACGACGGAAGGACAUUUGUUCCCCCUGCUAUGGAAAUCGAGACAAAAGCCGUGGGAGUUCACGUCUAAAAUAGGAGAUGUGGAAUUUCAUGUUCCUGUUCCAAAUAUUCCUCCACUGAAGUCGAAAAAUAAAACUCAUUCAAAUUGUGAAAGAAUACCUGAUGAAAGACAAUUUUUGUUGCCUUUAAAGCCAAAAUACAUGCUUCAGAUUAGUCAAGCUCUAGGUCUUGAAAGUUAAUUUUACUAUUUUUAAAACUAUCUAAUAUAUUUUUGUAUGAAAAUACAUAAAUGUACAAAUAUUUAUGCAGAUCAUAUUUAUUGUAUAGAAUGUAAAAAGAACCUUAUUUUGAUUAACUGAAAAAUAUGUAUUCAUGAGUACAUUUCCAGUUAUAUUUUGUAAGUUUUUAUUUACUUGUUGCAAUAAACUCAUUAUUUUUAUCAU